GUUCUUCCUGGCAUCAGUAUGAAGAAAAGGAAGCAGGAAAAAAAAAAUCUGUGGGCAAAAUAAAGCUGAAAUUUCUGCAGCUUGAUGAAGCUUCUAGAGGCAGAACCAUGUGUGUGCUGAUGGUGGGUCUCCUGUGAAGACAGCAGAGCCCUUGGGAGUUGCCGGGACAGGAAUUCAUAUUCUUUAGCAGGAAAAGGGCUGCAUCAGGGAAGGGUGGAGGAAAGGGACAAGGAGACCCCCAGAGCUCAGCGGCUCCCCCACCUCCCUGCACAAGUGAGGGACGCAUCUGAGGAACUCGCUGCAGGAAGCUCUGUGCCACACUUAAGGGCUUUAUCGUCUUAGCUAUGAGAAGAUGAGGCUGCUGCAGGGGACGUGGCUUUGCCGGCACCUCAUCUGCCCCGUUCUCUCUCCCCCUUGUUUUCCACCUUUCUCUGCUCCCCACCCCCGUCUUUUAUGAACGGAGCAAAGCAUCCUCGGAGGGGCAGCGCUGCCCUUGCCAGCCCCCACCCUUCCUCCCUGCUUGUACAAGAUGCAGCUGUGACUGUUGAGAACACGGAGACAGGCUGCCGCCGGCCGCUACGAUAAUUUAUUGCGAAUACAUCAGCGGGACAGGGACACGUACAGAAGGAGCCGCUGCACCGGGGCGUAGCUGCAAAGUGCGGCAGACUCGGCUGCGGCGGGAGAUGCCAGCGCAGCGUCACCAAGAUGUGACUGCCGCAAAAGUCCCCAGGAGUCCCAAGUGCUGCUCAGCCCCUUCGGCCUCGCCGCCUUCCCACCCUCGCUCGGCGAGUGCUGCGGGAAAAGCGGUUGCUCCUUAAAAGAGAAGAAGCGAAGCAGACACACAGGAGAAAGAAAAAAAGAUCUGCAAAGCUGCCGUAGGAAGCGGCAAAUCAUCCGUUGAAGCACUGAAGCUCUGUCCCUGCCGGGGGAAGAGCCGGGAGACGCGUGGGGCACGGUGCCCCGAGUCCCUAGAUAACCAGGUCUGCGUUUUUGGGGUGCGGGGUGUGGCCCCCGCCUGGUCCCCGCCUGGAGGGGGUCUGGCGGCUGGCGGGGGCCGGCGGGGAUGCCGUCCCCAUGGAGCGGGCACUGCAGGCAAGGAGCAGCCCACCGGCAGCCAAGAAGGCUCCGGCGAACCACCCCAGGAAGGUGGCCUCCCCAAAUUCCCACCGGGGGACGAUGUCGGGGACGGUGUCGUCCCAGAAGUCGAGGACGGUGUUGUAGGCGACCCAGGAGACCGGCACUAGGGUGGCUAUGCCCGCCGUGCCCAACGCUGCUCCACCGGCGAGCAGGAGCCGCCGCUUCAGCCACGGUCUGUCCUCGCAGGCCGUCCAGGCCUCUAGCCCUGGGGCGGCCAGGAGGCAGCCCAGCAGCCCCAGCCCGUUGGAGAGGCACAUCAGGAGCCGGGAGACGCGUAGCUCGGGGGGCAGCGCUAGGAAGGAGCCGUGGGACCGGCACUCCACGGCUCCCUCCUCCUGGGCGAUGCAAACCUGCCACAGCCCCAUAGUCCAGACCUCCAGCUCGUUCAGGUCCAGGUUGAGGCUCUUCCAGAGCGGCACGAAGGUGGUGACGCAGGAGGACACCCACCCGAGAAGAGCCAGCAGCAUCCCCCCGGCUUGCGCUGUCACCCGCCAGCCCAUGGCCCUGCUGCGGCCGACAGAUAGGUCUGCGGGCCGAGAUAACCCACCCCGAGGGGCGGCCAUGGGCAUUCCCGCUUCUGAAGCAGAGUCCGCCCCGCCGCCGACCGCGUCUGGGGCCCUUGGGAGUCGAUCCGAGCCUGCUCCUCUGACGCUGGGGUGUGGCCACCAGCAUUUUCCAGCCGUUGUUGGUUUUUCCACACUAAAAGGAAAGCGAACCCAACCCAGCAGGAAAAGCCGGGUGCAUCCCGGCCCUGAGUCCAGCCCGGUCCCACCACCACCUCGCUGUGCCCGGGAGGGUUGAGCCAAAAGAUGUAAAUCCUCUUCUGAACCUCAGAGAGAGCCUGGGCAAGGAAAGCAGCAGCCGCUCCAGCUGUGGUGGGACGGGAAGGAGACACAGGCAGCAGAAAGCCAGCAUCAGGUGCUUCUCAGGAGGGCUUGAGGUAUCAACACUCAUUCAGUCAUUGAAUAAAUACUCAAAGGAGCCUACAGGCGUUGCGUCGUGGAAGAUACAUCGAAGGGAGGGUGUCCUGCUGCCUCCUGCCCACCCUGUCCUUCAUCCACCGCCUCGCCAGAGGACAUGGCUCAGUGCUUUAUGUCAGAAAGGUUUAUUGCCAGGGAGAAAAUACUCUGCUGGUGGGAAAAAAAAAUAAAGUGGGAAAAGGACAGGACCUCCAGGAAAUUUCCAACUUUGUGAGCGGGCUGCACUCCCGUCUGCCCCUGCGCGCGUCCCUUCCUCAGGGUCCAGCUUGCAGAUUCAUCUUCCUUGAGAGAUUAGUGACUAAUCUCUCCUUCAUCUGCCGUCUUUCUUAUCAGCGGAGGUUUCGGGGGCCCGGCUGGUAAAUAACCGAGUCUUCAUGGCGCGGGGGCUCCAGCCAUGGUGAGUGUCGGGGGAGGGCCUUCGCAGGGGGGAGUCCCAAGAGGAGGAGGGUGAGUGAGCACGGACCUUGUUCAACCCGGAGCACAGGCUGGACAGGAGGUGGGGAACGUCUUCCAGCUCUUGCUGCCGGUCCUGUCCCCAGGAGCAGGCGGGGAGCAUCACCCGAGGGCGAGAGCUGGGAAAUCCGCAGGGAAACCCCUCCUCCUCCUUCCCCCGGGCACCCGCUCCUUCCAAUUUAAUCGUGUCGAGGUAAUUGUGCCUGUCAUUGAGACAGAUUAACGGGUGACCUUCUGCCGACGGAGAAGGAUUGGCGGUGGGUGCCCAGCUCCCCCUCCGAACUUCCCUUCCACUGGCACAGCUGAAUUCCCAUCCACGACCAGUGAGAAGAUGCCGGCGGCGGCCGGGGCGCAGCGGGAGCCGCCAGCCCAGCGCGACGUCUGCCGCUCCGGCCGCUGUUCCUCCUGGACAUGAGGACCCUGCCACCGGCCCAGGGCUGAGCCCCCACUUGGCCCCACCAUGGUGCUGCCCUGUGCCCACAGCAGCCUGGGAGGAGGCUGGACGGGCUCCGAGGAGCCCCGUGGCCGCAGCAACUCCAUCCCCCCAGCGCAGACCCCCACCGCCAAGCAUAUGCUGGCCUACCUGCCCCGGCCGCCCUCCGGCUCCGGCCGCUAUGGCACCUUCUCCCAGCAGCCCGAAGUCCCAUCUGCCCCUAGGGCUCCAGUGGAGGACAGCCAGCAGGAAGCCACUGCUACCGCCACGAGAAGCUCCCUGAUGCCAAACUGCCCAUCCCCACCCUACCUCGGCAGCAGUAGCACUGUCCCUGGCCCCUCAUCCCUGCCGCCUGGCGCGGCUACCCCGCAUCGGCCCAGCGAGCAACUCCGGUUUCCACCGCCCACUGCCGGCGCCCACUGGUAUCCACUGCAUGCCCUGAGCGUGCCCAGCAUCCCCACCUCAGUGCACGGAAAGGUGCCUGCCCGAGCUGCCUCCACUGGCACCACUGCUGAGGGGCUGCAGAGCCGGCGCCGAAAGCUGCUGGAGGAGGAUGGGCCCAUGGUCCAAGCCAGCAAGCGGCAGCGGCAGCGCUAUGUCACCAAGGUAGGCAAGUGCCGCGUGAACCUGGGCAACAUCCAGGAGAAGAAGCGAUUCCUCUCAGACAUCUUCACCACCAUUGUGGACCUCAAGUACCGCUGGUUCCUCUUUGUCUUCAUGAUGUGCUACAUUGUCACCUGGGUGGUCUUCGGCAGCAUCUACUUUUUUGAUGCCUGGGUGCGUGAUGACAUCAGGCACCAGGGCGACCCUGACUGGCGGCCAUGCAUCGAGAACGUUGACGGCUUCAUCUCUGCCUUGCUCUUCUCGGUGGAAAGCCAGCGGACCAUCGGCUACGGCUUCCGGAUGGUGACGGCCAACUGCACCGAGGGUGUCAUCCUGCUGAUGGCUCAGUCCAUCAUCGGCUCCAUGAUUGAUGCCCUGAUGGUGGGCUGCAUGUUUGUCAAGAUCUCCCGGCCCAAGAAGCGUGCCCAGACCCUCAUCUUCAGCAAGAACUGCGUCGUCUCCCGAAGAGAUGAGAAGCUCUGCCUGAUGUUCCGCGUGGGGGACCUGAGGGACAGCCACAUGGUGGAUGCCAAGAUCCGGGCCAAGCUGAUCAAGUCCCGGCAGACACCUGAGGGGGAAUUCAUCCCCCUGGAGCAGUCGGAGCUGAACCUGGGUUAUGACACAGGGGAGGACCGCCUGUUCCUGGUGGAGCCCCAGAUCAUCUGCCACGUCAUCAACCCCCAGAGUCCCUUCUGGGACCUGUCAGCUGAGUCACUGUGCCGGGAGCAGUUUGAGAUCAUCAUCAUCCUCGAGGGCAUUGUGGAAGCCACAGGAAUGACGUGCCAAGCCCGCACCUCCUACACAGAGGAUGAGAUCCUCUGGGGGUACCGCUUUGAGCCCUGCAUGUCCCUGGAGAAAGGUGCCUUCCAGGUGGACUACAGCCGCUUCGACAUGACCUUCGAGGUGCAGACACCAGCAGCCAGCGCCAAGGAACUGCAUGAGCUGAAGGAGCUGGAGCAGCAGGAACACUCCACACUCAGCCUUUAUUGGGAUCACCUCCUGCAGCCCUGUGCCCUGCCAGGGACCCGACCCCCUCAGGACCUUCUGGCCAAGCUCAGCGUUCCAGGCAGCCAUGACAAGAUGCGGGAGACCAAUGCCUGAGCUGCUGCCCGGGGGCUGCAGGAGGGGAGGGGCCGUGUCCCCUGUGCCUGGCGGGGCAUCCCGUGCCCACAGUGCCAUAGCCAACCUCAGACCUCCUCCCGGCAUCACUUGUGCAGAGUUGUUCUGCUGUCAGGAGGCACGUGCAGUCACCAGGGGAGGUGACAGCCUCUGCAAUAAAGACAUCACCAGCACGGGGGGGGGGGAGUCGUGUUU